AUGCGCCGCCGGUCAACCGUCAUGUUUUACGCCGCUUCCUACAGCUCUACCCACCAGCCAAAGGCCAGAGGCCCACCGCGCACACAAGAUGGCUUGCCCGCCUGGCGAGUGGGUUCACCAAAAGGAGGAAAACUAGCCUCGAAGAACAUCGGAAAAUACAUCGUCACGAAGAAGCUCCUGGUUUUCGAGCUCAUCGCAGGAGGCGCAAACACAACAACAGCAGGAGCUGAGCACAAACAACAUCCCCUAACACCAAGCACUCUUGGCAGGGAAAAGAGCAACAAGCAGAUACGGCCUACAAUAUCGCAGAAGGAGAUGAACAUUGGGACUGGGCCAGAGGCAGACUUUCGGGAUGGUUGCCUGUCGCUCCGAGCGUCGACGCUUGACAAGAUACGAGCUUCACAAUCCCCAGGUUUUUCGGGCCAGGUUCCAAACGGCCUCGGCAGGCAGCCUCUGUCCAACUUCAGGACCCAGCCCGUAGUGGGAUGGGGACACUAUACGGACGGCAUCAAUGAUAAGGGGAGGCCGGUGGAGGCACUCAAGGGAAAGAACACACCGGGACCUCAGUACGAGCUAGACAAGGUAACUUGCGGGCAGCAGGUACAGUCGCGGUUCAAGACAGCGCCUACCCCAGUUUUCGGCAGCUCGCAGCGGCCGCCGCUCAACGGGGAAGGAUGCGUGAGUCCCGGGCCUAUGACAGCCAUGGUCAACGUCAGCGCCCAGCCGCCUGGCCCCAAGUACUCCAUGGCUGGCGCACCAUGGCGGAAGCAGACCAAGGUGCCGAAGUCGCCAGGGCCAGGGCAAUACAACGUCUACGGAUCAUUGGGGGAGCAGAAGGAGUCGACGCGGAGGUCGUUCAAGGGCUUCGGUUUUGGGGGCAGCGGGAUCGGUAGAGAUUUGGCCCUUCCGUCAAGGAAGGUUCCGGGGCCGGGACACUACUCGUGGCACGAAAAUGACAGGCCGCGUCAGCCCGGCGGAAAGUUUGGACAAGCCCCGCAGCGCCCGCAAACGCGCGAAGAUCUCCGACCCGCCCCCGGCCAGUACAGCAUCCCGAGCACCCUGGGAACGACGAUGGACUCGAGGUUCCGGACGGUGGUGGCCCCGGGGUUCGGGACUCCUCCGCCGAUAGACGAACAGCGGCCGCACUCCGCCGCGGCUAGGCUUGGGGGCGGGCCCGGGCCGGGGGCGUACGACGUGGGAAGGGUGGAUAGUCUGGCGGUGCAGAAGAAGCCCCUUUCCACGGAAAAAAGCUGCCUGUCGUUUCAGAUCAAGCCCCCGACUUCUGUAAAGCCAAACGUCUCACGCGAGAGGAAGCUGCAGGAGCUGGACCCGGAGAGCUUGAGGCGCGCCAUCAAGAGCACGCGAAAGGGGUGCCGCGUCCCGAACGUUUCGUUCGGGGUAGGCCCACAGCGGCCCGUGGACAACCCAGGAAAGUGUCCGGGGCCUCAGGCGUAUGAUCCGGAGAACUUGCGGAGAGCCGUGUCCGCCUGCAAGUCGUCACCCACUCGCGGCGUAAAGUUCGGAACUGGCCCUCAGAGGCACGAUACAGCGCAGUUGGACAAGAGCCCCGGACCGAAUGCCGGUUACUUCAUCCCAUCAACGUUGGGAGCACAGCAGGCCAACUCCAUGUUCGAGAGCGUGAAGACGUCAAGCUUUGGCCCCCCUCCCAAUAGAUCCUCCAGAGGAAACACGCCUAUGGUCACCCCUGGACCGUCGGACUACAAUCCAACGUUCUCCAACAUGAUACAAACGACGCACGCUCUGUCCUUCGGGGGGGCGACCCCCAACAGCAAGGGCGGGGGAGCGAGAGGCAUGCCGCGGCGCAGCAGUUCACCGGGCCCCGGCGCCUACUCGAUAGGGUCUGGUUUGGGCGUUCAGACGUCCUCCAAGUACCCCUCCAGCACGGGGCCCUCGUUCAGGGCCAGGUGACAGGUUGAUGUGGCUGGCUGUGGUUGAGCCAGUGCUGCUACACGGCCGUUGCAACCGCUGGUGCUGCUGUAUUUUCGAACAAACUAAAGGUCGUGAUGUUGUUGUGUGUGACGUACUCAGGGCUCUUGGGGGCGGGGUGGACUGGGUCAGGGCGGAGCUGCUCCUCUUGCCCUUCUAAACGGACUUGAUGUUGAGGAGGACCAGGAAUCGAUCGUUCGUUUUUUGGUCUUCUUUCUUGUGCUUCAAUAUCUCGACAGGCAGUAUUGCUUUUGGUGUGCAUGGAGGCAUGCGUCAAUUCCUCCUUACUAUUCAGGCCUUUCCCUCUUUCUUCGUGGGUGAAACUGAAAACAGUCGAGUUAGGCGCUUUCGAACCGAACGUGUUUACGUCAUGGGAUGUCCCAGAACGAGCGGUGCCUUCGAUCCUCUAGCAAUGUGAUCCUGUGGGGAGCCUGUUCAAGAAUGUAUCGACCAGCAUGUUCGGUCGUACGGGGAAAGCGCUUGUUGAUCGUUUGGUUUUUCCUUGGUUGCUUGGUGGUCCUUGGGUCGGGUGAUAAACAUACGAACGCGACGAUGAUUCCUCGGUCAGCAGGCGCUCCGUGGGCAGUGACCCAAUUUGGGCUGGAUAAGCACAUGUUUGACCACUCUGUAGCUCAGCUUUCUAGUCCCAGAUGGUUGCAAGCUGUUUGUUGUUCGGGCUUUCUCUCUCUGUGCUUUCUCAUGUGGUCCUGGGAUAGUUUGGUGUUGUACUGCCAGCGAUAGAGCUCCGUACAUAUUCUAGAAGGUAUCACAACAGCUGACGGCGCUAACGACGGACGACCAAUCGGAGUAUGUUGCUGGACUUGGAGGAAGGCGGCACAGCGUUAGCACUACUGUAUUCGAAUAUUUGUUUUUGUCUAAGGGAGUAGACUACUUGUUUUUGCCCUGAUCGACAGUCCACAGCGUAAUUCCGAAGCUUACGCGACUCUCUGAUGCGAAGACACAUUGCGUAAAUAUAUUCCACAGCGAUAAAGAGCAUACCUCUACCAUAGGUUCGGGUGUUUGUUUUGUGACAACGGAAAAUGGUUUCUUUGCGCGUGGAAGAGGAUUGGUAAGUACUAAGAUGCCAGGCAUACAUAGAGUUAUUCAAUGUGCAGACGCAAGC